CGACCCCCCCCCCCAGCAAUGUUAGAUGGAAUUAAUACGGCAGUCCGACGGUUUUGAAUCUCUUUGGACAUCCUUCUGUUAGUUUACUUCUCUAAAGCCUGCACUGCCCGCAUUUUUUCAUUGAAAGAUUCAGGCCAGAGAGCACCGCUUGAAUCCAGCACCGGAAAAGUGAUGUCGUUUACAUCCAAACUUCCCGCAUCCUGGAAUGACCGAACCCCUACCAGGAAGGUAGAAAUUGACCUCACUUCCCCUGGUUUAGCAGUCUUUGAUUUGGAAAGACUCCUGUUUACCGGCAAAGCCAUCAUCAGCCACGCAGAUGAAGUGUGGCCGCGGCUCUACAUUGGCGAUCGGCAUAGUGCAGAGAACAGGAAUGACUUAUCCAGACAUGGAAUCACUCAUAUCCUGAAUGCAGCUCACAGUAAACGUCAAGGAUGCCCUGACAUCUACCAGGGCAUGCACAUUUCCUAUAUGGGCAUUGAGGCAAAUGACUCCUGCAACUUUGACAUGAGCGUGAACUUCCAGCCAGCUGCAGACUUUAUUCACACGGCUCUGAGGAGAGGCGGUCAGGUUCUGGUGCAUUGUCACGUAGGAGUGAGCCGCUCCGCCACUCUGGUCCUGGCGUACUUGAUGCUGAAACAGAGGCUCACCCUCGUGGAGGCGAUAUGCGCUGUGAAAGAGAACAGGGGGGUCAUUCCCAACCGAGGCUUCCUCCGGCAACUGAUCCGUUUGGAUAAACAACUUUUUGGCACACACGACUGAAGCCAGAAACGGGUGCUGCCAGGGUUUUGGAUACCUGUGGAUCUCCCACUUCACUGCGGCAAAUCGAAAGUAUAGUUUUCCAAGGCGCCUUUUAGUCAUCUAGAAUUAUUUCAUCCAUCAUGACUUUUCUCCCCCUUUAUGGAAACCCUUCUAUGUCUGUAUGUAUAUUCAUCUUUUACUUUUUAAUCAAGCAACUGCUUCACAUCUUUCACACAGAUUUUAAUCAGCAAAGCAUGAAAAGUAAAAUUUCGAGAUGCAACAUGAAUGUGGAUUUCAGAUUUCCAAACUCCAAUACCGAUGUUGGGAAGUUGUGCAAAAUGUAAAUAAAAUCUGAA